AUGGAUUACAUGAACCUAGGGCUUCGAUCCCGUAAGACAGGCAUAGAUGUGAAGAAAAAUCUGGCAAAAGAUGAGUAUAGUAUGGAGAACAUUGAUGAUUUCUUCAAGGAUGACGAUACAAGCUUUCUAUCACGAAGAAAGAGCAGGAAGUCCUCCUUAUUACCUGAAGCUGAUAUUCAGAACCGUAUCUUGCCAAGUCCACUUACUAAACAGCACAAUGUCAGAGAUACAGAUGGCUUCAAAGUUCCGCAGAACAUUAAUGUUUCACAUAGGUCAACAAUUGAAAGAGCACCAACUGAGUUUCAACAUUCAGUAAUAAGUGAGGAUAUACCAGAAGUGAUACCAUAUGAAGGACAGUCAGCUACACCGGACCGAAAUAUUGAGCCUAUAGAUGAGGAUGAACUGGCUAAUAUGCCGAAACCAAGGUAUAGAAGUCAGUACAAUUUAGGAGCUGGGAACGACGAUACAGAUCUGAUAAAUCUGACUCCUGAGAAAGAUGGAAGAGGCACUUAUAAUGACGUGCCGGAUUUGAUUGAUGACGAGGGAGACACUUCCAAAGAUAACACAACAUUCAAUACUUCAGACCAUGCAAUGUUAGAAGAUGAAGUUGAGGACGGCUUUGUACUUGAAUCUGAAGAAGACCGAGAUUAUAUGGAAAGUGAUGAAGGCUCCCUGGCUGAUGAUACCGAUGAUGCUAGUGAUUCUGGUGAUGAUAUAGGAACACAAUUUGCGGCUGAAAUAAAUAGACCUGGGAAUGAAUCACCGCUUUCAAGUGACGAUGAGGAUUAUAUUUCCGAAAACUCCACAGGUCACAACAGGUUGGAGGAUGAAAUAGAUAACCCUUCCCUUCCUACAAGGUUGUCAAAACCAUAUGAUAUUGUUGACGGUGUGAGGCGAUCAAAGAGAGUGAAAAUUCCGCCUUUAGAAUAUUGGCGUAAUGAAAAAAUUCAAUAUAAAAGAAGACGCAACGAGCCCGUUUUGGAUAUUGAUAAAGUAAUAACUUAUAACCAUAGCGAAUCUGAAGAAGAAUCUGAAGAGGAGCAGAAGAAGGUCAAAAAGCAAAGAAAGCCUGUUACCAGAACGCGUCCUUAUAAUUAUGUCCCUAAUGGUAGACCAAGAGGCAGGCCGCGGAAAAAUAUCUCAGAUGAUCCAAAUGGAAAUUUAAUCAGAAAAAUCGAAAAUGGAGAAGAACCUAAGGGUGAGUGGUUGAAGCAUGGAAUGUUAGAAGCAACUGUUAAAAAUCUGCAUGGCGAAGCCAAAACUGAGUUGGUUGCGAUGGCUCCUAAUGUCUCUCAAUCUGAAGAAACGAAAGCAUCUGGUGAAGACGACUAUUCAAUUGAGAUAUUGUUUGAUAAAUACAACGAAGCAUUUGCCAGUGGGAUGUUGAAAGUACCAGUAGAUGGUCGUAAAAGUCCUGCUGAUUCAAAUACUGCAUUCAUUACCUUUCAUGUUCUUGAUGGUAUAGUAGAGGUCACAUUGGAUGGAAAAAAUUUCAUCUGUACAAAAGGAUCGUCAUUUCAAAUACCUGCGUAUAAUGAAUAUGCAUUUGCAAAUAUUGGAAGUAAUGAAGUUCGUAUGUUCUUUGUUCAAGUAUCCCCUCCUUCUGACUUUUAUUCUGAACAUUAUUGA